GGAACCCCCAGGUGCAGAGGCAGUCUCUCUUGGUCCCAGCAGGGAAAGAAGGACGUUGGGCUUGGCCUGAUCCAGCAGCUCUUCUUACAUCCUGACAACGCCUCACUAGCUGCCUGGGCAGCUGAGGGAGCCAGAAGGGAGGGAUCUAUUUUUAGGGGCUGAGUUGUUGCUAUAUCCGUCUUGGCUGCCUGGCCAAAGCCCUCCUGCGCAGCCCAAAGUGUGGCCUGCUUGCACCCAGUGAACAUGGCUGGCCUGGAGGGGGCGUCUUCUGGGGCCCAGUCAGGAGGCCACGUGGUCCUGGAGGUGGGCGACAGGCAGUUCCCUGUCGAGCGCUGGGCCUUGGCCCGCUACAGUCGCUACUUCGAGGCCAUGUUCUUUGGGGGCACACGAGAGCGCACAGCCCCUCGGAUCCGGAUCCAGGGCCUGGACCCCACUGCCUUCCAGGCCCUGCUGGCCUUCACACAGACGGGCAGCCUCCUCCUUGACCGCAACAAUGUCACAGAGCUGCUGGAGGCAGCUGACUUCCUGCAGCUGGACUGCGCCAAGCGGCUCUGUGAGGCAUUUCUGGAGAGGGAGCUGCACGUCUCCAACUGCCUUGGUUUCCUGGCCUACGCGCAAUGCUUCUCCUGCGCCCACCUGCAGGCAGCUGCACUCUCCGUGGUGCUCUCACACUGGGCCGAAGUGGCUUCCGGCGAGGAGUUCAUGGAGGCCCCUGCAGAGACGCUGCGGGUGCUGCUGCGGAGUGACGAUCUCUUUGUGAGCCGCGAGGAGGCAGCCUUUGAGGCGCUGCUGCAGUGGGCGACUGCCGACCCUGCUGGGCGGGAAGCAGUCUUCCUGGAGCUGGCAGGCCUCAUCCGCGGACCCUUCCUGAGCCUGCCCUUCCUGGAGCGGCUGGUGCGGCGAUGCAAGAGCCCCCCAGGGCAGGACACCUCGGGACGGCUGCUGCAAAAGCUGGAUGCUUGCCUGCCUGCCAGCUGGAGACAGGCAGGCCUCUCACCUUGUGUGGGGCGCAGCCAUGAGGUCCUCUUUGUCCUGGCUGGCAAACACGACCAAGAGCAGCAGGAGCUUUUCCAAUUCCAACCGAAGACGGAGGUGUGGCAGACCCGGGCGCCCCUCCGACGCAAGAACCUCACCCAGUAUGCUGUGGCUGCCAUCGGUAACUCUUCUGGCUUCUGAGCUUGCACAGAGUGUGAGCAGCCCGCAGGUGGCUGGCAUUUUCCCCAUGCCAUUGAGAGUCUGCUCUCUGCUUUGGUGCCCUCUGGGUUGGUGUGGGCGGGCAGAGGGUUUCACCUUGAAGUUUGCAUCUAGUGGAAUGCUAGGGUGGGAGAGAGUGCCAGCUGUGGCUACCUGGUGCCAGGAGGUUUGGCUGCACCCUGCACAUGCUCAGAGGUUCCCUUUUCUUUAGAAUUGCUUCCUGCUUUGCAAGAAGCCUGGGGGGGAAAGCUUCUACAAAGUGUACUGCUGUGCCAUGGCCUUGCCUGAUGUGGGUGGUGCUGCGGUCUAAACCACUCAGCCUCUUGGGCUUGCCAAACAGAAGGUCAGCAGUUCGAAUCCCUGUGAUGGGGUCCUGUUGCUCUGUCCCAGCUCCUGCCAACCUAGCAGUCCAAAAGCAUGCUGGUGCAAGUAGAUACAGUAAAUGGGUACCACUGUGGCAGGAAGGUAAACGACAUUUCUGUGUGCUCUGGUUUCUGUGACAGUGUCCUGUUGCACCAGAAACCGUUUAGACCCAGAAAUAAUAAUAACGAUAACGAUGAUGCUCCUGUAACUGGGUUACCCCGGCCACUCUGGGUGGCUUCCAACAAAAUGCUAAAACGCAGAAGUCUCCAAACUCCCUGUCUUGGGCUGCCUUCCAAUAGAUGUUUAUUUCCUGGCCAUGUCUCCCUCAGCCUCAAUUCGCCCUGUCUCAUACCUCUUUGGGGCAUCAGGGAACCCCAAUGGAAAUGGGGGCAGAAAUAGCCAUUGUCCCCCAGUUCUAUGUAAGCAGUUGGUUGUCCCCACCUCAUCCUUGUUGCUUUUGCUUCACACCGAAACAGAUGCAGGAUGUGAAAUAUCACCCCUUGGAGACGAACUGCUUUGCUUUCAUCAGGAGGCAAUGUGCAGUGGAAGCGAAGCCUCUCUGUGUGGUGGGUCCGCGGUGGAAGGGGAAACGGCAUCUCUUGCGCUCUCUCCACAGGCAACUUCCUCUUUGUGACGGGCGGCUACUUCCGCGAGGAGUUCUCCUGGUGCAGCGUGGGCUGGGUGCUGAUCUACAACAGCUGGGACGACAACUGGCUGGAUGGCCCGGCCAUGAAGACGGCACGCCACAGCCACUGUGCUGUGGGGGUGGGCUUCCACCUCUACGUGAUGGGUGGCAGCACUGAGGAGGGGGCUGUCACGCCUGAGGUGGAGCGCCUGGCGCCCACAGACUCUUCCUGGGAGAGCACCAGCCCCCUGGCCCACCCCGUGGAGAGGGCCGGGGCGGUUAGUGUGGGGACUCGUGUCUACGUCAUCUGUGGCCUGGACGAGAAUGGAGAUGUCUGCCAUGCUGUCCAGCGGCUGGACGUGGAAACGGACAUCUGGGAUGUGGUCUCCUUCUCGCCUCUCCCUAGGUGAGGCGGCUCUGGAGGUUGGGAUGUUAGAGGUGGGGGGCACAUCCUGCUCCUUCUGGAGUAGUGUGUCCACCUUGGGUCCCGUCCCCCCCCCCCCCGCACUCAGCUCCCACCUGUGGCUCCUAGAAGCUUCUCCUAGGCUUCUCCUGCAUGUGAAGACAGGCUUUGGUGGGCAGAGCGGACAUGACCAAGAGGGGAUCCAACGGACAAGCAGGCAAUUUCUGCACAUGCUGUAGAGCAGGGGUGUCAAACUCAAAUUCAUUGGGGGCUGCAUCAGCAGUUUGGUCACCCUCAAAGGUCCGGUUGUAUCUGUAGGACUUACAGUACAGGAGAGAAGGGUUCAGGCAGCCAUUGGAUCUGUCACAUCACAGGAUGGCAUGCGCUCAAUAUAAAAACAAGUGGAAGUUUCCUGAAUGCAUGUAAAGUGGAGGUUUCCUGUGUAGAACGGUCGGCGCCGCUAGAGGGCAGACGUUCUCUGGCUUGUAGGCUGCCGCGCAUGUGCUGAAGAGGUGGCUUUCUUGUGUCAAAAAAAAAAGAGCGAGAAUAAAAGGUGAAAGCUGGCGGCCGGCGGCGGCUACACGGGCCACAUGACGAGGUCUGGCGGGCCAGAUUUGGCCCGCGGACCUUAUAUUUGACACCCAUGCUGUAGAGAGAAGUGAGGGGCCGGUGGAGCUCGUCCUCCUGGGAAGGAAGCUCAUUGGGAAGGAAAACUCUGGUCCUCAUCCUGCACUGUGUUGUUAAUCUGGAAAAUAAUUCACAUCUGGCAACCAAUGCGCCGUUUUGUUUUCAGAUAGUAAAUGGGGUAAAGGUAAAGGGACCUCUGGCCAAUAGGUCCAGUCGUGACCGACUCUGGGGUUGCGGCGCUCAUCUCGCUUUACUGACCAAGGGAGCCAGCGUAUAGCUUCCGGGUCAUGUGUCCAGCAUGACUAAGCCGCUUCUGGCGAACUAGAGCAGCGCACGGAAACGCCGUUUACCUUCCCGCCGGAGCAGCACCUAUUUAUCUACUUGCACUUGGACGUGCUUUCAAGCUGCUAGGUUGGCAGGAGCAGGGACCGAGCAACGACCUUCUGAUCAGCAAGUCCUAGGCUCUGUGGUAUAACCCACAGCGCCACCCGUGUCCCUAGUAAAUGGGGUAGACAAGUCCAAAAAGCCCAGGAUACAAAUUUUCAUGGCCCCCUCGCAGCUGUGGUUGCUCAUGUUUAAACUCAUCUAUCCACGUACUCGUAUCUGAAACCAAAGAGGCCCAUUGGUUGUCAGAUGGGAAUGUAACAUAUGCUUCAGGUUACAUACACUUCAGGUUACAUACACUUCAGGUUACAGACUCCGCUAACCCAGAAAUAUUACCUCGGGUUAAGAACCUUGCUUCAGGUUGAGAACAGAAAUCGUGCAGCGGCGACACAGUGGCAGCAGGGAGGUCCCAUUAGCUUCAGGUUAAAAACAGUUUCAGGCUAAGAACGGACCUCCAGAAUGAAUUAAAUUCUUAACCUGAGGUUCCACUGUACUGUAUUUUCAGCUCUCUGAAUGCAAUACGUGGAAUAUCUUCAUAACCCUCCACAAAUCCAGAGCAGAGCCCCUAAGGUGGUUGGAUGGCACCUGGUAUGCCUCCUUCUGGCAAUUUGAAAAUUCAAAAGAAAAAUCUUAACUUUAAUAAUCGAAAUAGAAAAUGUUAAGAUAACCAAAAUAAUUUAACAGAAAAUAAUCAAACUCUGCAGUUGUUGUCCUCUCGCUGAUGCCUUCCCCACCUGCCUCUGCCCCAGAGACCUGCAAUGGGCGCCUGCGCUUUGGGGCUUUCACCCUGAUUGUGACAGCCUCCCCCCCUUGACCCUGGGCCAAGACGGCCUCUUCUGAGCCAGGAUGCGCCUUCAGAACUUGGAGGCACCUGCUGUCCGUCUGCAGAUUUGCCAAUCAUCCCUCACACUAUCCAUUCCCCCAUUUCUCCAUCAAAUUUGGCUCUUCCUCCCCAUUCCCAAAGGGAGCCCAGUCUCCUUCUAAAUGCAGCAGUAAACUCGCGACUGCCUAGGCUGAGGGAUGUCAAGAGCUGCUUUGCACCUGGGACACCUCCAGGCAGGCAAGCCCAAAACAUUUGGGCACCUGAGGCAUCUCCCCAAAUGGCACACACCCCACUCCCCACCAGAGGCAGGGGAAGAUUUGCGUCAGGAACAGGAGGAGGAGAAGGAAGAUCUGCCUUGGGAUCAGCUGCCUCCUGGCGGUCACCUCCCCAUGCCUCCUGAGGUGUAGGCACCUGCCUGACGCUCUCCUCUCUCCAUCCCCAGGUAUGACCUCUGCGUUGUGGCUCUGAAUGGGGCCAUCUACACCGUGGGAGGGGGCGCCUUCCGCUUUGAUGUGGACUCGGGAGAGUGGACACGAGUGGAGGAGGAGUGCCUGGCGCGACAGUUCUUCACAGGGUGCAGCGCAGCCAAUGGCAGGAUCUAUCUCCUGGGCCAGAGACAGGGCAACGCUGCACUCCCCAACAUGGUUCUCUUGGACCCUUACCUGGAGAUGUGCCAGGAGGUGGACAGCAAGCUCCCCUGCCCGCUGCCCAUCCACGGGACAGCCUCCGUGCGGAGAUUUGACAUUUGCGCAUGACGCGGUAUGCCAACACCCUCCAAGGCAGCAGUGUGGGAGACGGAGAGCGGGAAAAGUCGGCUGCCCUGUUCUUUUUCUCUCCUUCAUUUUGGAACGAAAGAGACCGUUUGGGUAUCCAGCCAUCUGUGGUGAAGCCCCACAGAAGGAGUGGAGUGCAGAUAGCCUGCUCCUGCAGAGGGGGCUCGGUGGGACUGGGCCUCCCCCCUUUGUAUGGCGGAGGCAGAGCUGCACACCACCUACUGGCCAGCGCUCGUGUUCCUGGCAAAGCUGCCUCUCUGCUCCCUCUCUGAGCUGAUUUCAAAUGACAGGGAGAGGAACUUGAACAUAAUAAGAAUAAAUGCAAGUUGCCAACCAGCACAUUGAUGGGAUCAAUCAGCGAGUUUGGGGGAAAUGAGUGAAACAAAGUCAGGAUGUUGGAGAUGUGUGAGAUGGCAGUGAUACUGAUGUGGCCAUCGGGUUUCAGUCCUGAUCCAGAUUGUGGUGUGUCAGGGCCAAGGUAGGGGUGGGGGCUGCAUGGGGGUCAUUUUGCAGCAAAUCCCUCCAACUUCUGUUUCCUUGCCUGAAAGCACAGCUGGAGGGGGGGAGGAAUCUGGGCAGGUGGCCCACGUGGAAGGGAAUGUGGUGGAGAUGGGGGUCCCCAAAACUGCCCCCAUUGUGGGGGUCCCUAUGCUCCUCCUACCUGUGAAGAUAUCCUAUUUAUUAGCUGCAUUUACUGCUCUCCCUCACCUGGACUAGGCUACAGAGCGUUUGCAAGUUCUCCAAGUAAAUCAUCGGGCUGCCUCCCGCUUUGCAAUGCACCUCCCCAGGGACCCUGAGGGACUUCUUUUCCAACCCCCUGCAAUGCAGGAAUCACAGCAAUGGAAUCCCUAACAGAUGGCCAUCCAACCUCUGCUUAAAGACCUCCAGAGGAGGAGAAAAUACCUUCUUCUGAGGGCAACAGAGCAGUCAAACAAACCUAAAUUUGGCAUUGGACUCCUUCCUGCAAAAUACUAACCCCACCAUAAUUGCUGCACCACAAUUGUCCAGGAGAGGGAGCCAUAGGCUGCCUGUAGCCUGGAUAAAUGGAGGGUGAGGCAGGAUGGUUUGGGGAGUGUGGAGUGAGCUGCCUUCCCCUGAGGCCAUGGACACAUCAGCACCAAGGUCCUUUCCACACACACCCUCUUCUCCCCACUGCUGCAUUGUAAGUCACCCCUUGCUGUCCUCAUCUGCAAUCACUGCCCAUCACUCCUGCUCACAAGUUGGCGUCUGUGCAUGUGUAAAGGCUGUGUCAAAUGUUUGCUUUGCUGGAGCUAGUUUGAGGGUGGCUUGGGAAGUUUAUGUGUGUCAUUAGAGAGCCAGAGUGUUGGAUUGGGACCUGUGAGACCUAAGUUCAAAUCCUCCUACCUCGCCCAUAGAAAGCUCCCUAGGUGGCCUUGGAGGCCAGGCACUGCCUCUCAGCCGAUAUCCCAGUGUGGUUUUGCCAUGUGCACCAUGUUACGCUCCCAGGAGAUAUAAACACAAUCAAUGAAUGAAUCAAUGCAGCAUGUCAGACUGUAGAAUACCUUUACUGGUUUCGAGGAGCAGAAAUGAAGACUGAGCUUACGAGGCCAGAGGGACUCUGUAUAUGCCCCAGAGUCCUCUUGCAGGCAGCGUCCUCUGAGAUCUUGGGCAGAGUCAGCCAUGGGGGCGCUGUGGCUUAAUGUGUCCGGGAGAUGGGUGGAAGUGCAAGUCAGGCCACCAGUGCCCAGGCGAUCUUGGCCUCCUGAUUUUGGCAAGAGGAAGGAGAGCAUAGCCAUUGGGGGCAACCCACUGUGCCAGUAGCUGCAUCUGUCGUGAAUUCUCUUUCAGAGCAGAUGAGCGGCUGCCACUGCUUCCUAAUGCAGGGAGUUCCACAGCUUACCACAACCCCCUCUGUGAGAAGAAGACCUUUCUUUUGUCCCCCCUGAAUCUUCCAAUCUUUUCCGCGCAGAGUUGAAACCUGAGCAUGGCAGGGAAGGGGAUCCUAGGAGCAACUGUUAGGAAGACGCGGAAUCCCACCCCCCUGGGACUGAAUGAAGGCAAAAGCGCUCGAGCCCAGAUCUCCCCGGCCAAUCGCGUUGUGAGAGAGGAAGAGUCUCCCUUCCCUUGAAUUCGCCCUCGUGCGCAGAUGGCAGCCGCGAAAGAUCCGUGUGGCGCACCCGGAGGACGCGGCAGAGACGGGGACCCCCACCUUAGGGCGGGGUCCCACCCCGGGAGCAGUGCUUGGGGACGUCCCUGAGCUGCAGGUCCUCGCGGGGCGUCCAGGGCCGGGCGUAGCCGCCCCGGGGCAGCAGCAGGCGGUUGAGGGUGUGCUCGUAGUUGACGUGGCGCCGGGCCAUCAGGACGUACUCGCGCUGCUCGGCCAGCAGCGGGCAGUCGCAGGCGUCGGGCACCCAGACGAACUCGCGGCGCACGACGGGGAAGCGGUUGCGGUAGGUGUGCAACACCUGCACGUCGUAGCGCGUCUCCUGCCCCACCCGGCGCUUGGAGAGGAUUCGGGCGCGGAAGACUGUGUAGGCAGGGGAGAAAGGAGGUCAGGAGGGGGCUCUCCUGCGGCGGCCCCCCAGGGGAAGGGCUCUCCUCAUCCAGCUCCCCUCUCCACCCGGGGGGAACAGGAAAGGGGGUGGGGGUUCCUUGGCAUGGGACCCUCUACGCUCCUCCCCACCUUGGCCCUCGAGGGAGGAGGGAGACUGCGGCAGUUUGGACUAGAUGACCCUUGAGGUUCCCUUCCAUGCGGAGGGGCCACGUACCAAAGUCGCUGUUGCAGUAGUGGUGGAUGCGCUGGGAUUUUCCCCUGGGAGAGUCGCAUGCCCCGCACAGCCCUGCAGGAUGAGAAGAAAGCAUUUUGUGGGGGGAAAGGGGGGGCACUGACCGCCUUCCUGCACUUCAACCCUGCCCUCUUUCCCCCUACAAGUGCGGGGCGGCGUCUGGGGCUCUGGCAAAAGCCCUGCGAAGUAGGUCCGGCCGAGAAUUGGUGGCUGGUGGGAUUUGGAGAGUUGCAUGUGGGCUGGAAAUCCAGUUCCAGGCGAGAGGCAUGCACACAAUCAAGCCCACCCACCCCCGCCCCCAAAGAAUCCUGGGAACUGUAGUUUGCACAGCGCUGAGCUACAGUUCCCAGUGCCUGGGGUUCUAGUCAGGGGCUUCUCCUACUCCUCAGGCUUUUCUUUUGCUGGGUUGGGGGGAGAAGAGGUGGCUCUGCCUUGGAGGAAUCUUCCUGCGACAUCAAAGGCUGCCAAAACCAGCCUGGGCUUUGUGGGUUCUGUGGCAAAAUGUUGCACUACUGAACUCACAAGCUGGGGAGCUGCCUGCGCAUGCUGAGAGCCAGGAAUCCCACCUCAAAUUAUGGGGUGGGAGCAGCCCAAGGCUCCCAGGGUGCCUGGAGGGUGCGAGCUGCUGAAAGCUCUGUGGAGAAAUUUAUUCAUUUCAUGGCACUUCUAUCCACCUCUUCCUCCAAGCAGCUCCAGGAGGCUCCUGUGGCCCUGACCCCCCUUCUCAUUUAAAUCCCACACCAGCCCUGUGAGGUAGGCAAGACAGAGAGAGGCAGGGACUGGCCCCCAAGGUCACCCAGGGCACUUGGGUAGCUCAGUCAUUCCUCCAUCGCUGGGGGUUGGGCUAGAUGACCCUUGGGGUCUCUUCCAACUCUACAGUUCUAUGAUUCUAUGAAAACAGGACAUUGGAGCUGGAGGAGGGGGAAAGCAAGGGGACGGCAGACAUGGGAUCAGGGUCUGCAUGGGUGGGUACCUUGGAACAAAUGCUACCAAAUCCCUCAAAUCUCCUAGAUUUCCAACAAGAAAAUGUUUCUUUCUAAGAGCACUCCACUCCUGCACCCUGAAACUAUUGUGGGGGUGAAGGAAGGAGAGAUGGACAGAGAAUGGGGGGGAGAGAGAUAGAAUUGAGGAUACCUGAGCUCCCUGGGGGCACUUUGGCUGGCAAGGGCAUUCCCUCCCGCUGAGGCGUCUUCCUGGCGAUGUCGUUUUGAGAGGGCGGGGCUGGCAGGAUGGCUGGGUGCUCCCUUGGUGAGCCAUCCCCGACUUCCCUGGUCUGGGGCUGGCGAAGGGGGCUGGCGUCACUCUGGAUAGGGUGGAAGUGCUCUUUCGGGAGCCAGAACUGGAACUCAAUGCCCUCGUUGGGCUCCUGAAAAAGGACCUGAGGCAAGAAACAGGCAUUGGGUGCAUGGGCGAGACCCAGUUAAUAUCCUUUGCACCCAGGUGGAAAACCCCCACACAAUUCCCUGGCUCAUCUCACCAUGACCAGCAAGUCCUCCUGGGUGGGUCCGGCUGCCUCAAGGCUCUCGUGAGCGUCCGCUGUGCGAGUGUAGCGGACUUGGGUGCCUGCUGCCUCGUACGUCCCUGGCCAGUCAAUGGCCCAGUCACCGUUGAUGACGUAGCGCUGGUUUGCCGUCAUCAGAGCUGGGGAGGGGAAGGAAGAACGUUUGGGGGAAGCUUUUGGGGGAGUUUUUGGCUGGCCCCCUCCUCCCCAGCCAACCACCCCAGAACCCCCAAGGGAGCCUCUGGGUGCCUCCAGUUUCAGAGGAGGCGUGGGGAGCUACCACAGGCAGGUCCUGCUUGGGGUGGCCCCUCAGGGCAAUGCCACUGUCCUUGGAGCUCAAGAGGGGUGUUUGUGCAGAAAGUAGCUGUUCGUCAGCCAAACUCUCUUGGAAGGUGGUGGGCUCUCCUUCCUUGGAGGCUUUUAAAGAGAAGUUGGGUGUCCCUCUGUCAGGGAUGCUUUUGCUGCAAUUCCUGCAUCACAGGGGGUUGGGCUAGUUGACCCUUGGGGGCCCCUUGCAAUGCUUCUAGGAUUCAUGAGAGGUUUUUAAAUGGAAGAUGGGUGGCCACCUGCCAGGGUUCCUGAAUGUGUGUCCAUUUUGUAAAAGUGCAGUUUCAAAAUAGGCAGUUGGUAGGAUCUUGGGGCCCCCACCACCACAAGGGGUCAGCAACAGGCAUGGGGGUGGGAAUAGGAACCUGCCCAGCAGCCCCUCCUACCGAGGUAAUUGCGGCUGCUGUCUGUCACCUUGAUGUGUCUGGCGCCUGCCGGGAUCUGAGUGACAUUCUGGUAGCCAAAGUAACCUGUGAAGCAAUCAGAGGAGAGCGGGUCAAGUGCGGGGGGGGGGGGGGAGAGAGACCACUGGGGAGGGAGGGGGAGGGGGCUGCCCAGGGGGAAGCAGCCAGGGGGUGAAGGGGAACUGCAUGUUUUUUUUGGGGGGGGAGGCUCAGAGUGUGACGUGCAGCGCUGGACAGAGGGCUUCCUCAGACAUACUACUUGAAAUGUCAGUUGGAUGGACACCUGUCAGAGAUGCUCUAGCUGAGAUUGCUGCCCUGCAGGGGGUUGGGCUGGAUGACCCCCAGGGACCCUUACAAUUCUGCUAUUUUGUGAUCUCAUGCUUUUCAGUGAAUUCCUGUUGGAUCAAAAUCUAUGUAGGAGGAGAAUUCCCUGGCUGCCAAGAUCCAAGUUUGGGGCAAGUUCUCUUUGGUGAGGGGACCCAUGCAUAGAUUUAAAAUCAUAAACUACGCAGCAAAGUAAAGCAUGGAAAUGUGGGCUGUGAUUCCUUCAAAUUAUGCCCUUCUCAGUGAGUUCCCAAGUUCCCUUUGGUGAGUUAAAAGUUGAUUUACUUACUAACUCUCCAAAGGUCAUGAAAGUGGCACAGGCAGUAACAAGUGGUGAAAGUUCCUAAAUUGUUACAUGGAAAGAAAUAAAAGGGAAUUUAGAAAUUUGGUAAAGAAUGAAUUUAUCGUUAAGGGGGAGAAUUUCAGUGGUUAAAAUGAAUGUAUUGCCAAGAAUGUUGUUUCUAUUUCAAUCAAUCCCAGUGAUAAGCAGUGCUGGAUGCUUCAAAGAAUGGCAAGAAUAUAUUUCUAGAUACAUCUGGCAAGGGAAGAAAGCAAGAAUAAAAUAUAAAUUGUUAUCUGAUAUGAGAGAGAGAGAGGAGGUUUCACCCUGCCAGAUUUGAGAUUGUACUAUGAGGCAUCUUGCAUCUGCUGGACCUGGGAAUGGAUGAUAUUGAAAAAUGGAGAUGUGUUAGAUCUAGAAGGACAUGAUAAUAGAUUUGGAUGGCAUGCAUACAGUAUUUAUGGUAUGAUAAAAUGAAAGGACAUAAAGGUUUUCAGAAUCAUAUAAUAAGAAAAUCAAAUUUUAAAGUAUGGGGAGCUUCAGUCCUGGCACAAUUAGUAUGCAGGUAGGUUGCAAAAUCUGUCCUAGUGACUUUCAAGAUGGCCACCAACCUGUGAGGCAGGGCAAGGCAGCUGCUCUAACCAUUUUAUAGUUUUGAGAGCAUGUUAGUAUAAGUAACCAGAGUUAGGACUUCCAGUUCACCACAGGUCGACUUCGUACGUGCGUCCCGCAUUCUCUGUGAGACGCACACUCACCAGUGGGGUGAAACGGGGGCUGUAGGGCUUUACGCCCCCUCCCCGAGGGUUCAGGAGGGUUGCUUGAACCUGUAAGGAUCAGCUGCAGUAUCAAAGCGGGUUCCUAAACCCAGACCGGGAGGAAGGAGACCUCGGACGCUAACAACAGCGAUUCUUCCCCCAGGUAAGAAAGCCCGAUCCCAGAAUGACCAGGCGGGGGAAUCUCCACUGAAUAAUGAUGAGCUCAAAUACCUGGUUAUUGAGACCUUGGAGCAUUUAAGGUUAAUCUGAAACCAAAGUUAAUCCGAAGAAUCGAGGUCUUAAACUAAAGAAAUAACACUCCAUAAAGCUAACCAGAGAACUAUUAUUUUACGGAACAGUUGAGCUAAUUUAAGACAAGCUGAAGAGGAGGUCAAUCCCGAAGCAGUUUGGGGGCUGUACCAAAACGAAAACAGGGUAGGAACAAUCUAACAUUCUAUUUGUGGUCAGCAUGUGCAUAGACUCAAAGAUUUUUAUGGCAAGAAUCAAGAGAGAGUGGAGAACAGUAUAUGCCCCAGAACUUAGAAUAUUACCAAGCCUUCUCUCUAUAUUUCCUUAAAAGAUGUAUUGGUGGUACUUAACCCCAGUAAAAUUAGUAGAAAUAUAUAGAACAAGUACUGUACCAAUAUAUGCUGGAAAUGUAAAGAAAAAGAGGUUACCUUUUAUCAUAUGCGGUGGAAUUGUAAUCAAGAAAUUCUGGGAAAUGAUAUAUAAUGAAAUGAAAAAAAUGUUUAAAAUAACCUUUCCUAAAAAAAUGGAAGCUUUUCUGCUAGGAAUUAUAGGUACCGAGAUCCCAAAAGAUCAGAGGAAACUGUUUGUGUAUGCUACAAUGGCCACUUGGUUUUUGCUAGCCCAGAGAUGGAAGGAAGAGACAACCCCAACCAAAGAAGAAUGGCAAAUCAAGUUGAUGGAUUAUGCUGGAAUGGCAAAAUUAACUGGGAAGCUCAGGAACCAAGAAGACAAGAAAUUUUAAAAAGAAUGGGAAAAGUUUAUAAUGUAUAUACAAAAUCAUUGCAAACAGGUUAAAACAUUAGCAGGAUUCUAAAUACACUUAUAAUGUAAUAGAAAGUACAGAUAACUUAGGAAGAUGAAAAAUUGGAAAAGUAUUGCUAUGCAGUUGAAAGUAGAAUUAAGAUGGAUGGAUGGAAUGGGGGAAGUCAGGAG